ACCGGCAGUACCACCCACAGCCGGCAUUCGAGAUCAAUUACCUACUACAGAUAUUUUCAUUCAAAGUCCUCGUCGAACCCUGUCAUCAAAGGAUAACCACAAGCUGUCCGUCACAAUGAAUCGCUUGUCGUAAUGCUCUUGUAGCGUACGUACUCUGUAGAUGGUUGACAUACAGGGGCAUAAAUCUUUGAUCGACCAGGUCAACCCACCGGAUUGGAUUCUGUCUCCAGCGAACGCCGAAGCCAUCCAACCAGAGCGCCGAGAUAGAAAACAUCCUGUCCACAGUUACGCACAAGUAUCGAGCAACUGUUCUGUUUAUCUCUCAAGACCCUUUACCGUAUCCGGAUACCGCGAGCUUUUGACUGAGUCGCGAGAGUCCUGAAUUACAUCACGGCAAGGUAGAGCGUCCGACACCUGUCAAAUUGCAUCAGCAAAGGGAGGCUCUUGAACAGGGACUCUCGACUACCCCGAUUCUGGACAGCUACUGAGACAUUAUUGACCGUGAGCCGUUGAGACGACGCUCAAGAGGAGAAACAGCGACAGCGACGCAGCAAGGGCAGACCCCGGUCACUGCCAGAGGGCGCUUUGCUCCAAAAGUCAAGCCAAGCAGCAACUACAACUUCAAGCCACGCCCACUCCAUCAUCAGCUCCACCGCCUACCGCCUCCCAUCUCCACAUGCAAGAGAGGCCACAUCCUUGUCAUGCGCUAAGAGUCAAGUGCUGGGCUAGCACGUUAGGAUCCCCAGUCAGUUCUGCAGACAAGAGGUACGUACCUCUUCCGCCCCCGGUCUCCACGCGACGGUGUUGCCCGCGCUGUGUUCCCAGGAUCUACUCCCUCCUUGAGCCAGUUCGCUUUGGUUUAAACUCUGCGUGGCCCGCCCUUGCUCAACUCUUGCUCAUCUAACUUCCCGUUCAACUACAGUCGUAGCAUAUCAAAACCGAAUCGAUCAUAUAUCCCUACCUAUCCGUACAGAUAACUCUACGCCACUUCCCCUCUCUGUCUGUCCAACCACUCCCUCGACUUCUAAGCGUUGUGCAAAUAAGCAGCAGCCAUCUCCUGUUUCCCAUAGCGAACUUGCAUUUGCUACGAUACAAAACGUCACGAGCUAAAACACACUCUCUCUUCCGCAUAUCAACAAUUACUCUCCACUCAAUCCACGAUAAUGGCUGCCGACCUCAUUAUGCCCACUCUUCCGGGCGACCAGCACUCACGCCAUUUCUUUCCCCAGCAGCGCCCUACGCAUCAACGGAAUCAGUCAUAUCAGAUCUCGGUUGGACCUCAAAUUUCACCCAUCAACACCAAUGAGUCCACCAGCCCCGACUCCAUCUCGUCAACUCCCACUUCUCCCAGAGCGCAUCAUGCACGACAGACUCGACCCAUGUAUAUGCCUGCAGCUCUGCGCCCUAACUUGUUUCCAUCCAAGACCAAUAAAAUGCCCAUUGAUGAUGCUGCUUCUACUUCCAGCACCGAGCCUGAUAGCGCCCUGAGACGUACCAACAGCAGCCUCAUCAACCUCCCCGGCAUGUCCGUCUUCGGCAACAAGCUAGCGCGUGUUUCAACCGGCGAUAGCACUCAGAGCAGCAUUGACGGCGAUUUCGAUCCCGAGAUGUUCCCCGAAGUCAAGGCUCAGCCUACUCGCAAGCACUGGAAGCCCGAUGCCGAAUCUACUGUCUGUGAUGACCCGACUUGCAAGCGGACUUUUAGCUAUUUCACUCGGCGUCACCACUGCCGAAAGUGCGGCCACAUUUUCUGCGACUCACAUUCCACCUUUGCCGCUCCUCUCGAUCAUGAUGCCAAGUUCAAUCCUCGCGCUCCUCUUUUCCGAACCUGUCGCCACUGCUGUGAAGAGUUCAAGAGUUGGUAUACACGAAAUAGCAGCCGUGCUUCGAGUGCCGCCUCUUCGGAUGCGCCCAACCCUACCCCCUCAACUCCCAUCGGUACCGGUUUUGGAGACGCCUCCGAACUGCCUCGUGGCCCUGAACUUGCUGCCAGUGUGCCUAGGGAUUGGAACUGGAGCACUUUCUGAGCAAAACUCGACAGUCUUACUCGCUGCCGCCAGUAUCAAACAACUGCCGACAACAGAGCUGUCUAUCCAAAGACAAAAAUAUCCAGUACUUUGUCCUACUUGAGGCUGAGAUCGUCCUUGCCAGCAGAUACUCCUGUUUCAGUGUCAUUCUCGAUUCGGACUUGUUGGAGAUUCGAUACGCCAACACACCACUGCCCACCACGUUCUUUACGACACACCUGCCGAAGUUGCAGUAUAAGAUACCCGAAGCCGUCAGCUUCAUAAAGCCACCACAGAAGCAUUAUAGAUCGAUAGAAAUUCUCUGACGAGUGACUUGGAUCAUUGUCAAAUGUCGCCAAUCACCGCAUCCUUCAUCCUCUCCAUUAUACACGUUUCCUGCUGACCUUCAUGGUCAAGCAGCGGCUCCGUCGGCCACUUUUUGGCCUUGCCCCUCGCAUCUGGUUUUUAUGAGUUCCUCUUAUUUACAGCGAGGCGUCCUGGAAAGCAGACUCGAUAUGAGCUGCUACAUUGCGGUUAUUAGUCCUGGUAUGAUUACCUCAGCGGCCAGUCCUGUGAGAGAGCAUAUACAGAAUGCUCCGCUGGUCAUGCUAUUUAAUGUUUUGUUUUCUCGAAAGGCGUCUUAUGAACUCCCAUAGCCUGGUUCAAAUUAUAGAUGGUUUUGGAAUUUGCAUUGCCAUACGUGGCACGGAAGGGAACUUAUGAUAUGAUGAGAAUUAGGUAGUUAUUUGGCCAGAUUGAGUUGGUUAUGGUGCUGCCAGAUCUCGAUGGUCCGUUACUGUUAUCAACUAGAUUACAAACUACAAAUUUCCCCACCCAUUUUCAUAUCUGUCAUUG